GCAGCAGUAAAACAACCGGAAUCCGGAUGUUCCCAUUUUUUGCCUUUGUUAGAGCAUCGUCGCCGCAAGAAUCGCUACUAUCGUUCUGCUUUGGAGACAAAAACGUACAAACACACAAAGAAUGUCCAGCUCUUCUAACUUGACCACUAUGAAAAAGGCGGUACAGCAGCUUCGCUUCGAGGCGAGCAUAAAUAGAGUGAAGGUUUCCCAGGCAGCUGUGGACCUGCAGCAGUUUUGCUUGCAGAAUGCCUUGCAGGACCCUCUGCUCACUGGAGUGUCCUCCAGCACCAACCCCUUCAGGCCGCAGAAAGUCUGCUCCUUUUUGUGAAAUUACCCUCUUCAUUGGCCUUCAUUUAAACGUUACAGGGAAGUUGACCUCAGCACUGCUCCUCAUGCCAAGCCAUUAUACUGCCACGGGAAGUGUAGAACACAUUGAAGUCGAAUCAGGAAAAUAAAUUAUUAGGAACAUUAGAG